AUGCACUACUUCUUCUUGGAGAAGCAAAGCCCGCUCACACAGCGUUGGCAAGUGCGGCAGGUGGCCUUUGACAGUAAGUACCGAUACCUCUACUACACAAAGUCGUUGAGCCGCACGGAUAUUGAGGAGGUCAUGACGCGCUGCCACGACGGCGACCCCAGUUCCGGUGCAUGUCCCAACUCCUCCGGCGGGGCUUCGAGUCGAAAAGUGAAGUGGAGUGGAAAGGUCAAGGUGACGCAGCUUCGAUACGCAGCAGACGAGUACAUUGUCGCGCCAGGCAGCAGCGACUUUGACGAGCGCAUCUUGCUCACCCUCAUCGUGGUCGGCUACGAGCGACCUUUGAGGAGCCACCGUAGCCGUGGCAAGCUGGCGAGCUCCAGUAACCGCAGCAUCGGCGGAACGUCCGAGAAGAGUUUCUCCUUGUGGAGCUCCGUCUCGCGACACUACAGCGCAUCUCGCCUCAGCUCUGUGCGUCUCGGCGACAGUGACGGCGAUGCCGACGAGGAUACCGCAUCGAAGACUGCGGGUGUGACCCAGCCGCUGCUGACCGCCGAGAACGAUGUGCCGGAGCCGGAGUCUCCGUCAGGGUUCCUGCACAUGCCAAGCUACCCGGUGAACGAGUCUCUCGACGACGACUUUGAGGAUGAGGACGAGAACAUGUUUCGGGACAUCGACCUCGUGCCGGAUGACGAGGAGGACGAGGAGGAGACGUCCGUGGCGGCGUCAGAGGCGGAAACGGAGGAGGGCAGCGACGACUGCGACGCAGAUGACGACGAUGACGUGGCGUUCAACUCACCUCCGUCCACACCGACAGGCAGCACUCGGAGUAGUUACAGCUUCUUCAGUCGGCGCCAGCAAAGCACAAAAGGAGGAGGCAAGGCAAAGGACGAAAAGACGGUGCAGCUGCAGUUCCGCGCAGCCAACUACGAUGUAUUCCGCAUUGUCAGCCUGCGCGUUCGCCAGGCGUUGGUGCGCCACGGUCUGUGCGGCCCGCUGCACGCGGGGCUCCCGCCCUACGACCCCCGCAACGGUAUCGCACUCGCAACUGUCCCGCUGCACCUGCGCCACGCCUUCCGCCGCCUUAACGACGUCGUCUUUUACUCGCUCCAGAUCGGCCACGUCGUCUACGUGCGGCAGCAGCGUGAGGUGCGCGGCAUAGAGGGCUACCUUUGCAUCACGCACGACUCUAUCCUGCUGCUGCAGCUGGACGGCAAAUGCCCUCGCUGGCUGGACCUGGAGGACAUCGUUGGUGUGCAGUACGUGCUGCACAGCAACCACUCGUUCAUCUCUAUCCGGGCCGCGGAGCCGUACCCGGAUUUUGUGUUCAUCCCUAUUAUACCAAGCUACCCGCCUAACUCUACCUUCGACUCGGAGGAGUGCGUGGAGGGGAUUGUGAGCAUGGUGCGGCGCCUGCUCAUGCAGCGCCUGCGCGCUGGUGAGGAGGUGGCGCUGACCCCAAUCUCCAGCUGCGGUCUCUCUGUUCAAACGGCCGAGGACAUUGAGGAGUACGAUAUUCUCUGCCAUAUUAGCGACCUGUCUAACACGUACACGGACGUGUUCAAGUAUAUCGCGCAGCAGCAGAGCACCGGUGCUGUUCCCCUGCGCUGGCGCUGGGACAACUCCAAGACACCGAGCCACUUCACCUUCAAGAGAGACCUCUACCACGCCUUGGAGCGCGAGGAGGGCGAGGACAGCGAGGACGAAGACGAGGCCGCCCUUUGUCGCUCGCAGUGCCGUCCGUCCGUGGCUUCUGCCGCUGCAUCGCAUGCGCACAUGGUAGAGUCACUGGUGCCGUCGCGCCAGCAGCAGCACUUCAGCACCGGCAGAGGUGCAGUUGCCGUAGCCGUCUCUGUGGCAACCAGUCUCGGUGCCAUCUGCGACCACGCAGCGGCGCGCAGAUCACCGUGCAAGACGCCCUUCUGCGCUAACCAGCAGCCGUCGCGCCCUGCUCUGCCACCACAGGACUUGUUGUACUCCAAUGCGAGUUUCAUGCCAGCCACAAUGACGCAGCUGAUGGCGCCGCCAUCGCGUGGCGCAGAGCUUCGGGCGAAGAGAAAGCUGCUCGUCACCCGCACAGAUCGCCGCAAUGCCGGCGUUGCGGAGGCUGCAAAGAAUGCCACUGAGCACCAUCAGCCCCCUCUGUCGCCGCCUCCUCAGACUGCAAGCGUGACUGCAGGAACGAAUCUUGUGCUGACGCAAGAAUCGGCAGCGGCUCCAGAUAUCAUAUUCACCACGGCGCCGGUUUCCAGCACACCUCCAGAGGGUGCCGCUCCGCCGACGCUUCCGUCGUGCCCCAGCACUGGCAGUUUAGCGGCCGCCAUCGGUGCUCCACCUGCAUCACCAGGUCCGCCGCCACAAAGAGAUACUCCGCGGGCAUUGCCUACACCUGUAUCCACGCGCCCCGCCUCCUCCAAACCGAACACCUACGGUCUCGUCCCCUCUCACCAUCACACGGACCCCGCGGCUCUUGACUUCUGGUUCUCGACGACGGCGCCUCCUGUUGCGCCGGUUGCCACCGCGCAGAAGGGUGUCCACCUAAGCGAUAUCCACUCAUCCAUACACCAAGGUCAGCCGGCAGCGCAGCAACCGUUGGCACCCCAGCCGACCAGCGCGGCGUCUGGCGGGCACGAACGCCUCGGUGUGGUAUCAGCAGUCAACCAGCGCGGCGUUUCUGCCGCACCGGCGGCCCCAGCGGUGAAAGUGGUCUGUGGCGCUCCUGGAGCUUUUGGCAGCAGCCUCAUGUCGGCAACAACACCGGUUGGCGCUGCCUCUGCCCCGUACUCCUUUGCCUCCAAACCGAUCGCUGAUGGCGCCUUUUCCAGCGGCCUGCCGCAGGCGCACUCGCCGUCUGCGGGCCACGUUGGCAGCCCUACGAACAGCAGCCGCUCCCCCAAGGAGGUGACACACACGACUGAGAACAUGUCCAAUAACAGUGCGGCUGACGAGGAUGAGGAGAGCGACGAGGACUUUGACAGCGAGGACAUGGAGGCCAUGCUGCAGCGUCCUGAGGCUCGCGCACCACCCGCUGCUGCGGCAAGCACUACGGCACCCACUACUGCCGCUGCAGGUGCGUCAGGUGGGGCGGCCUUUGGCGCCGCCGGUGCCACGGCUGCGGAGAGGAAGGACGGUGUUGUGAUGAGCAGCGACGGUGUGGCGUUUGUGCCCGUUGGCGACGGUGUGGUAACACCAGUGGUGUUGACGGCGGAGAUGCUCCCUGGGUACGGCGGGCGCCGGGACGAGGACCACCGGAGUGAUGCUGCAUCUUCUCCCUCUCCGAGUCUGCAGGCCCGGCCUGAAAUGGUGGCCUUCAUCUCGUCGGUUGCCUUACCGCAUUGA